AGGACACUUAACUGCACGGCUGCGUAGGAAGCAAGCACCAAACACCACUUCAUACAGAUAGCUCGGAGGUGGCAGUUACAUAAACAAAGAAUUUAUAUAAAAGAUUUUUUAAAAAUGCAUUCAGUCACCCUGGACGGCAGCGGCUCUCCGAGGAAGCGGGCUUUUUCUCGGGGAUUGAGCGAGGAUGAGUCUCUGCGCAACAUCAUAAAGGAGUCCGACAGCUCAUCCAGGCGGCUCACACGAAGCGACAGCCGGGCAGGCACCCUGAAGAAGAGGAGCGACAGUCAGCAGUCUGAACAGGACCUCUUCAUGGGACUCCCAGAAAUGCUGGAGCUGCAGGCCAGUUAUGAUGAAGCGGUGCAGGAGCUACGUGGGCUGGAGGUUGAGCGAGAGGCUCUGUUGUUCCAGGUGGACGUCCUGCAGGACACACUGGAGGGUGUAGAGGAGCUGCUGGCUGAGGCCCAGAGAGAAGCUGGACAGGCUAGUAUGGAGUUGGAGCGAGAGAGGGAGGCCAAGAAGAAACUGGAGAGUCUGGUGCGCUCUUUAACGCAAGAGGUGGAGAGCUUAAAAGAGGAAAGGGAUACCAAAGCAUCUGUUUCCGUGAACACUCAUGAGAGCGUGGACGGGGAAACGAGACAAGGACACAAAAUGAAAAACGAUGCCAAGGAAAUGAUUCCGGCUGCAUCCAGAGCAGAAAAGGACCCCUCCAGCAGCAGGGGGCUAUCAUCUGAGGACAUGAGACAGGAUGAAGGGGCAGAGGAUGACGGGAGCGUCCUGGUAAAGCUGCGGAAGAUGGUCAGUAAGACCCUCAGUCACACACCCUCCCUCGCACUGGACAACCCAGGCUCUGAAGACGGGGUCCUGCGGAGGCCUUACAGUGACAGCAGUGAAGAUGGACGAGAUCCCUCUCCAGACAGCAACGACUCAGACAGCGUAAGUGCCUACGAAGACGCAUCUGCUGAGACUCCAGAGCAGGACCGGAUCUUCCCAGGUGAUGCAGACAGUCUGGAGCUGCCUCAUGACUCGGUGGCUAGAGAGGGAAGUCUGAGUAACAACUCCGGGGAGCUCCAAGACCCCAAAAACCCUGAGCUCUGCGUUGUGUCUUAACUUUAUCUGUUUUAUCUAAUACUGGGCAAUAGUUCACAAAUAGUUUUGAUUAUCUGAUUAUAAUUCAGUUCAAACACCUUUUUUGAUAUUUACCUACUGAGGAAACUUUGAGGCCAAUAUUAACAUUCAGAGUUUAAAAACACUGUAGUUUCACAACGAAAAAAACUCAGGAUCCGGGUGGUUUACUAGCUGCAGUUCCACUCAUGACGACUUAAUAUAAUUUGCCAAUAAGUAAAUAAAUUCCUUUUUUAAUAUGUCUUAACUUUUUUUUCUUAUUAUUUUUCCUUAUGUGGAGAGACAUGUAAAAUACUCCAUGCUGCUUUGACUGUUUUACCUGUUUGGUUAUCUUUUUAAGAAGGUUAGUUUGUUUUACGUAACAGCUGCCAGGUCACACAACAGAAUUUACAUGUAUACAAAAUACAGUGAGCUCCACAAGUUUUUGAACAGGGACCAUCGCUGUCUCCUACUACACAUGAGAAACACAGGAGCUUAGAAAGGUGGACUUUAAAUUUCAUACACUUACAGCAUGUUACACUAAGCUGUAAGAUGUUUGUCUCAUAUAGCUGAAAAAUAAGAUCAAAUUGAAAUGAUCUGCAUUUAAAGUCCUCAGUUGUCAAGCUCACU